UAUAGGUGCUAAAAUUGAUCAACCGAAGGACAUCAUGAUAAGUUGUAGGAUCUAUUAGACAACUUUUAGUAUCAUCGACUAAUCAGAAUACCUCUGUUUCUACUAAUAUAUCCAUUAUCUGAAUAUUUUUGUGAAACACCUCAUCCUACCGAUCGUACAUUUUACACGGAUACAUGAGAGUAAAAAGUGUGUUUUCUCCGGUAUACAUACGCAGUAUUCAUAGAACUACUGUAGACCACUGAUUGUGAGCAGUUUCAUCUUUAGACGGCCAGAUUUAGGCUGAUAAGCUUUUUUAUUAAGGUUUAUGGCUAAGAAACGUGACGACUUACUGUAAAACCAAUCAAACGUUUAACGUAAGUCAGCUUAAUUCGAUAAAAAACGAAUUAGAACAGAAUUGGAAGGGAUUUUACACCUUUAAAUCUGAUCCAACGUUUUGGAAACAUGAAUGGGAAAAACAUGGUAGUUGUAUUUCGCCUGACAAUAUUUUAAAAUAUUUUCAAUUAUGCCUUCAUAUUAAUAAUCAGUUGCCGAUACUGAAUGCAUUAAAACAAAAUAACAUUUAUCCAAGUUCAACAAAAUAUUAUUCAUUAAACAAAACAUUUGAUGCAAUUCAUUCGUUUUUUGGUAAUGGAGUAAAUCCAAUAAUUCUAUGUAAUUAUCCUUAUUUAAAAGAAUUUCGAUAUUGUCUUGAUGACAAAUUUCAGAUUAUUUCAUGUCCAGAUUAUUUCGAUAUGAGUCUAAGACAAUGUUCUAAUGAAUUUCUAUUGUUAAAUUUCACAUCACAUAAAAAGACGACAAUUAAAUAUUUUACUGUUCUAUUAAUUGCUACACUAAUAAUAAGUCUGUUAAUUUUUAUUUUCUUAUUUCUGUUAAAACAUUUUCAAAUUAUUGAAACACCAUUCGAAUGGAAUAGAAAACGAAAUAUUGAAAUUGUCCAUUAUGAUCUAAUCGAUAGACCUGUUAUAGUCCAUGCAGUACAAUUACCACGAUCAUGGUUAGAACAGAGUGUUUUAGGAGCUGUUAUACUGGAUUUUAAUAUUGGUGUUGGAGCAAAAGGAGCGCGUCGACUAAUGAAGCAGUGGUUCGAUUUUCCGAACGAACCCAUGGAAAAAAUCGAUGAAUUCGAUCUUGAUCUAGUUGUUAUCGUUGAUGAGAGUAUUAGAUCUGACGAUAAACGUACGCCUAUUCUUGAACAGUUAACUCAAUUAACGUUUGGCGGUAUGAACGUUGAAGCGAAAGAUAUUGAAAUACUGACAAAAUUUGGUUUAACCGAAUAUUUUCUUAUGCGUGAUGUAACACAAAAUGAAUUAUUGAUUUUGAAAACAGGAUCAAAUGUUGACGAUGUUUAUUUGUUUUACACUGAUGAUUGUUUCGACGAUAUGAAAAUUGAAUCUAUACGACCAUCAGUACAUACGCUAGCCAGUAAGCUAAAAAUGACCUGGUCAUUAUCAAAUAUAAAUGAUCCAGGCAUACCUCAUGUCAGUGAGCCCAUAGUAGUUCGUACACUAAUGAGAUAUUUCAAAGGUGGAUGUAAACAAUAUGAAUUUGAUCAAAAUACAUGGAGUUAUUUUAAAAAAUUUGGAUUGAACUGUUCAUCUUUGUUUAAUUUACUCAAACCAAUUCAUAAUGACACGGCAAAAUAUUUUCAUGUUGUUAACCACCUAUUAUCAAUUGGUUUUUUAUCAAAUAAAGACUUACAAUUGAUUGGCGGUGCUAAUCGUUUAUGGGGUUAUGUUUUACAUGAAAUGAACGAUAAAUUAUCAAACUAUGGAAUACGUUUAACAUUUGACAAAUUAUCUAUUAAUCAAGUCCAUGAGUGGAUUGAACGAAAGAAAUUGAUGAUAGAGGAAACUAUAGCACAAUUGCGAUGUGGAAAAGAAAUAAUUUCAAAUGUUAAUGAAAAUCAAAAAUUAAUUGAUCAUACAGGUUUAAUUCUACUAUUCAUUUUUUUUCUAAGUGGAAUAUUUAAAAUAAUUGGAAAAAUACUAUUAGAAUAUUCAACUAUGAAUGCAAUGAAAUUACUUGUUAGUAAAAUGUUUGAAAAUUUAUUAUAUCAAAAUUAUGAAUAUUUAGAUACAUUUGCAAUGGGUGAAUUAAUUUCUCGUACAUCAGCUGAUUCAUUAACAAUUCGUUCAACAAUUGGAAUAACUACAUUUAAUUUUAUAUCACAAUUAUUUCUUUCAAUUGGAUGUUUAUCAAUGCUUUUCUAUUAUCUUGUUCUAUUUAAAAAUAUUCAUCAUAUUUAUAAAAUUGUUUUCUGUCUUAUUUUAUUAUUACUAUUUAUUAUUAUAUUAAUUAACAUUUUCUAUGGAUCCUAUGCAUUUAAUUUAAAUCGUGAAUGUAGACGUUUUCUUGGUGCAAUAUUUGGUUUUACAUUUGAUAUAUUUUCAAAUAUAAAAACAAUAUUAAUUUUAAAUGGACAAUUAAAUUCAAUAAAACAACAUAAAUUUAUUUAUUGUCAAAAUUAUUUUUCUAAAUCAAAUUAUUUAAAUAUAACAUCACAUUUAUUUAAUAGUUUCAUAUAUUUAUUGACAUCAUUAUCAAACAUUAUUCUAUUAGUUAUAGCUAGUCGAAAACUAAUUAAUUAUUCCAUAACAUUCGAUGAACCUGUUAGUAUUAAAAUGGAAAAGACAGCAAGAUUUCUUGCAAUCAUGUUGUAUUUAAAUUGGUUAAUCAAAUCAUUACAAAAAAUUUCCACCAACUACGCUCGACUUAUGAUUUCAUUGGGCUCAUUGGAACGUAUAAAACAAGUUUGUAGUAAAUUACAGCAGAAUAAUUUAACAUAUACAAGUACUUUUGAUACCAAUGAGCAGCAGCAUUCAUCAAAACUACAUAAGCACAUCUGCCGCCUUCUUAAACGUAACGUUGUUUACGAAAAACUUCCAGACAACAAUCAUUUCAACAAUGAAACACAUUUAUUUGUUCAAUUUUCAAACAAUACAUUAAAUGAUUAUUUAUCAGAAAUGAAAUUUUCCGGGUGUGUCAGUGUUGAAAAUGCUAGUUUUAAAUAUUCAAGAAGUCAAAACUAUGUUUUAAAUAAAAUAUCAUUUUGUACAAAACAAGGAAAAAUAUUAGGAAUUAUAGGAAAAUCAUCAAGUGGUAAAUCAACAAUAAUCAAUUUAUUAUCGGGUAUUUAUUUUCGUUCGACAGGAGAAUUGGCAUGGAUAAUGGAAAAUAACUUAUGGUUAAAAGGAUCUAAACUUACAAAUUUAUCGCUGUGGAAUAUGAAUGGCUGUAGUCCUCAGAAGGAAUGUUAUAUUCCUACUGAAGCUGUUUCACAUUUCAUUUCUCAUCUACGUUCAACUAUUGGCAUUUGUUCUAAAUCAACAGACAAAAUUUUUUCAUCAUUAACAAUUUUAGAUAAUUUUCUUAUUGGAAUAACCGAUGAACAAAGACAGAGUAUGACAAUUAACGAGCUCUAUAAUCUAUGUGAUUUAAUUGGUUUAAAUAAAGAUGAUUUAAUUGAUAGUCCACAACGAUUUACAAAAGAAAGUCGAUUAUCAUCAAAUCAAAUACGAAAAAUUUCAUUUGCAAGAUGUCUGUUAAAAGGAAAAGAUAAUUUAAAAUUAUUACUUAUUGAUGAUAUUGAUGAAAUGAUAGAUAUUGAUAAUUACAAUAAUGAUAAAAUUGUGCAGUCGAUUAAUAUGAUAGCAAAAAACUGGAAUUCAACUAUCGUUAUUACAGGAACAAAUGAUAAAAUUGUCAAAAUGUUAGCAGAUGAUAUACUAUUUAUUUAA